AUGGACCCCCUUUCGCCAGCAGGACCGUCCUCGAGUAGCAGCGGACAGAUCGUGAAGGGAACCAGAAAGGGCACGAGAAGUUGCGUCGAGUGUAAGCACCCACGACGUCACCUCUUUUCGGCGUGAGCCUCACAACGUCUCUGCAGGCCGCCACAGGAAGAUCCGGUGCGUGUGGACAUCGCCCAGCGACGCCGUCUGUGCCGGGUGUAGGACCAAGGGGAAAGAGUGCGUUCCUCAACAGUAUCGGCGAACUACUGCGGUUCCCAAAUUGUCCUCCCAGGAUCGUAUCAACCGGUUAGAGGCACAGAUUGCCAGCCUAGCCAGCCUCGCAACCCAGUGUGAGGACGAUGAAAGCGAAGUAGGAGCUCUGGAAGAAGAGCCAGACGACAAAUUUUCAGUCGAAGGGCCAGCAGCCUCCCCUCCACAUCAUAUCAGAUUCCUUUUCGACAAUGCUGUCAUUGACCCUGCAGAGAGCUACGAUGAGGAGGUCGGUACUUAUCUUAGCCAGGCCAAGGUCUCAAAGCGAUACUUGGACCAGGCACGGCUGAAGCUUCAGCGGCUUAUGCCGUCAAGGUACGAGAUUCGCAACCGCACGUUGUGGCGACUGGCUGACUGUUUUGCAGGUAAGCUUUAUCAUCAGGUUCCGAGUCUGCGUCCGAUUCUGAACAACCCCAGGGAAUGGCUGACUGCUGUCGCGAGUUAUGCGACGCCAUGGAUGUCUCUUUACAUGAGCAUCUUUCCCUAUACAUCCCCCAUUGACACUAAAGAAGAAUUGAUCUCCCAGCAUGAUGAGAUGCAAUCACCAACCGCCCACCCCGUAACGAUGGCCAUGUUUCUAUGCACAUUCGCCAUUACUGCGCAACAAGUCCCUCCAGAUCAGGAAAACACGUCGCCACCUUUGAACUGGAAGGAUGCUCCGACUUAUGCGCGACAAGUUGCUCAAGCGGUUGAAGCAACGAUCAUUUCUCACACCGGGCUUGCUAUGACCGUUGAGGGCAUCGAGAUGGCUAUCUUGUUGCUUCGACUGUAAGCUGCCCCAUGGUUUCCCACCCCACAACCACCAAUGUUGUAGAUAUUAAUCUUUGUUCCCACAGACAGCUCGGCCUAGGAGCAAUUCGAAGCCUCUGGCUUUCUCUGCGGCGGACUGUCGCCUUGGCGGAACUCAUCGGUCUUCCCCGUUUCUGGUACUCACGAAGGGACGAUCUGAUCCCGGCCACAUAUACUCCCGGAUCCUCCACCUCCAGCUCCCGUGAUCGCAUCACCCAGAAGAUUGCAAUCUGGACAGCUAUUUGCUUGACUGAUAGGCUCUCCAGCAUGAUGUUUAAUCUCCCCGCUGCCACCUCGAGCCAUCGCUUUCCGCGAAAGGAUAUAAUGACGCCUGAGGGUGAAGUAUUGGUGGCGUCUCAUCUUUUCGAAUUGUCGAGCCUUGCAUUGGAAGUGCAGGCGUUGGACGAAGCGUGCAUGAUGAACGAAUCCGCUGAAGAAACGUACCAAAACGUGCUUACCAUCGACUGCCGGUUGCGAACCCUGAAGAGCCAGACUCCGACAGUACGAAUACCACGUGUGCUGAUUUCGUAUGAGCGUACUGACAGAUUAUAGUCUUGGUGGAAUGACUGGCCUCACAAGGCAUCCUCAGCCUCGCUGGUCCAAUUUUGGCACUUCUAUCUUACCGCUCGCAUCCAUCUUCAUGCCGCUAUGUCCCCGGACGAACAGGACCAGUUCAGCUACAGUCGCACAGCAUGCGAGCAAGCCUGCGAGACCCUGUCACGGCUCUACCCUGGUCUCAGAUACGGACUUCCUUCUGGCUUCUUCCUCUGCCGCAUCAUCGACAUGCAGAUCUACACUGCCGUGGCCUUCCUAUUACUCACAAGCAUGCGAGGAUCCAAUGCGACGGAUCCGCGCAAAAUUGCUAUGGCACAAACUAUUCUGGAGACGAUGGAUGCUGUGUCAAACCGUACCUCCCACGUGGAAUUCAUAAGUGGAGCAUCGUCGACUAUUCGCUCCCUCAUCGCUCUUGCGCGGGACGGAUCUUCGAGCUCGCAAAGUCUCACGCUUCGAAUCCCGCUACUUGGAAAAGUACGAAUUGGCCGAAAGAAAACUUCUGGUUCAGGGGCGACAGCCAACCAGCCUCAGGACCACGAAGCUGCUAUGCCACAAAUGCAACAGGCACAAGCGGCCGAACAGAGCUACAGUAACCAGGGUGCCCCAAGUGCUACCAGAACGGCGGAGGUAAAUCAACAACACUACGACAUGUCGAAUUCCAACACUUUGCCUUGGCUGAUGGAGCUCGAUAUGAAUUCUCAGUCUCUCCAGUAUCCUUUCCUGGCGGACGACAUUACACACUUUGAUCAGUGGCUUAGUACAGAUAGCGGCAUGGCAUUGAACAGUAUAUAG